GAGUAUUCUUCCCAGGUGCUGCUGGCAUUCUGAGCGCACACUUGCGCACGGUCGGACUGCCGUUUCCGCCAGCCGCACGACGGUAGGUUAAGAUUCUACAGCGCAAACAUUUCCCCGCUGCGCUGAGGAGCUCGAAGAGGCAGAGAGGCGCACCUUGUCGCCCGAGAGAGCGAGGGUGAGGCGCGUGCCAGUGCGGUGGGCAUGGGCCGGCGCGAGUAUGAGUCGGAGGAGGAGAAGGAGCGCGACCACGGGGACGAGGGAGGAGAGCGACUAGAAGAGGACGAGGGGGAAGGGUCGGAGGGGGAAGGGUCGGAGGGGGACGGGGGGUCAGGCGACGAGCACAGCGAUGACGAGUUGCCGCACCAACGGACGGCUGCGAUUGGAAGCGGAGCCGUUGACGUAGGGAUGACAAGAGUCGGUUCUUAUAGCGAGGAUGGCGAUAGUGACUCGGACGAUGCCCCCGAGGAGUUCACUCUGACGCAGGCGCGCGAACGGGUUUCUCAGCAACGGCAGCAGGAGGCGGAAGCCCGCCGCAUGGUCGCAAAGGCUGUCAGGGAGGUUCGGCAAAAGCGGGCAGGUUUGGCAGUUAAGGGAGACGAGGGCGAGGGGGAGGCGGAGGAAGAAAGAGAAGCGAGGAGGGUUAAGGAGAAAGCGCGGAAGGACAAGCGGAGGCAGGAGCUGGAGGACAGGGCGGAGCGGAGGAAGCGACGGAAGGGGGAGGAGGGGGGAGGCGAGGGGGCGGUAGGCGCAUUGGUGGGGAAGGAGACGACGGGCGGCGCUGGGGAGGGCGAGGCGGGCGCGGCGAGGGAGGGCGAUUGGGGGGAGGUGGGUGCGGGCGACCUGCUGCCCGCCGAUGUGAUUGCGGCCGUCACACGGCGCCAGCACACCAGGUUCACGGAGCAGCAGCAGGAGAGGGCGCUCAAGAGUGCGAGCGCGAAGCAGCGGCCGGGAAAGGGCAGUGGGAGGGCGAGGGGCGGCACUGCAUCGGCUGUCAUCGGCCGGCGGUCGGACGGGGCCAUUGUGCUCCAGGGGGGGACGAAGGCCCCAGCGGGGGAGGAGGCGGCGCGGGCCAUCAUGCGCGCAGCGCAGAGCUUCCAGCACGGGCUGCUGUUUGGGCGGCGCCAGCGGUCGCUGGCAGCGCUGGGGUUUGUGGACGGCAAGGCGCUCAACGUGGCGGGGCAGUGGCGCGCCGGCUCGCACCUGGCGCAGGCGGACGCUGACAUGGUGCGUGCCGUGGAGCGGCGCAGCGGGGGGGUGAAGAAGGGCAAGGGCAGGGGGCGAGGGGGCUCCAGUGGUGGUCGGCGAUGAGGGGAUCGACAGUGGUGUGGGCGUGAUGAUACAUGAACACACUUGCAGCGCUAAUGCUGUAAUCCACACUGUGUUGCUUCCGCGGCACAUCCUUAAGAAGCGUUGCUUGUAUGUGCUCAGUUGCUUCUCAAGAUAAUUGGGGCUGUGCACCGACCACGGCGCGGAUAGACCCCCCCUUGUACUAGUAGAAGGCCAAGGGUGUGCCCUGGAAGAGCGAAAGUGAGUGCCGUGCAAAUAAAGCCCCAGGCUGUAAUAGCAAAGGUGGGCCCAACUUGAACCAAGGGCUAUUUUAUCAGUGUAAUUUACUCUGUUUCUCUGAAAAUCAGAGUUGUUUUUGAAAACUACUCU